AUGACUGAACCAACAGAGAAACUUUCUCUCGAUAAUGAUUUACGUUAUCGUUAUGAAUAUUUGGCUGAAUUCUUGAAUUUUACAAACGACAAUAUAAAAAUUCUUAAUCAAUUAUCAAUAUAUAUUCAACCAAUGAUUCCUGUUAUUGUCGAUGAAGUUUAUCGAAAAUUAUUUUCAUUCGAUAUAACAAAACAAUACUUUUUCCCUGAUGCUUCUCAUUCCUGUUUUGGGAAUUUAUUUUCAUCAACAAAGCAUUCAAGCGUAUCAUUCGAUGGCGACGAUAUUGAAUUUCGAAGAAAUAUGUUAAGUAAAUAUUUAAACAAGAUUCUUACGGAGCAAGAAUGGGAUGAUUCAUUUUUACGAUAUUUAUCUUGUGUUGGACAAGUACAUACACAUGAAAUGGGUACGCCAGCGAUUCAUGUUGAUUAUAUGCAUAUCAGUGCUUUGAUUGGUUUUCUCGAACAUAUUAUUAUUGAUAUAAUAUUGAAAAUAACUAAUAUUGAUUGUCAAACAAAAUACAGAGCAGUUGCAGCUAUGAAUAAAUUCUUUUGGAUUCAGAAUCAAUUUUUAAGAAUGCACUACAAAGAAGAAGAGAAACGAUGA